UCUGACCUCUGCUACAGUACGGACAGACCUCGAGGACAUCAUGCUGAGUGAAAUAAGCCAGUCCCAGGAAGACAAGCAUUGUGCGAUUCCACUUAUAUGAGUAUGAAGCAGACCUGUUCUCACCACCUCCCAAUCUUCUUGCCUGCCUUGGGAAGAAACAUUCGUUAACUGUUCAACAGCAGCUUUAAACCUAAUCCUCCAAUUGCAGGAAGAGGCCACUCAAUCUAGCCAGAUCCUAGAAGCCUCAAACACCCAGAAUGCAAACCCUUUCCGGGGGGUAGAUGUCCCUGCCCCUCGCCUCUUGAUCGGCCGUCUGAGGGUCUUCAAGGCUGUAGCACCUGAAGGUACGGGGGGCCUCUGAGGCUCCCUCCCACCUGUAGGUCGUUGGGACGUGAGAAUCACCUGGAGAUGCAAACCUCCCUCCUUGACCAGUUCAGCUAGCGCCUGGGGCGGGGCCCUGGCGACUGGGCGGUACAAAGUGCCCCACGUGAUUCCAAGAGCCGUCAGCAUUGGUCAAGAACCAGCCGUGGGGCGGGACCAAAUGCCCCCCCAAACAUGUGCCUCCUGCUGAGGGCAUUUAAGGCCAACCGGCAGGCUGGCGUCUGCGGCUCCCUACCAGGUACUUUACUUCUUCCAGUCAACAUGCCAACUUUGGAUGCUCCGGAAGAGAGGCUGAGGAAAUUUAAGUAUCGGGGCAAAGAUGCAUCUGCCAGGCGGCAGCAGAGGUUUGCGGUCAGCCUGGAGCUCCGGAAAGCCAGGAAGGACGAGCAGGCCUUGAAGAGGAGGAACAUCACCAGCGUCUCACAUGACCCUGCUGAUCAGCAGACCAAAGGGGACAGCCUCACCCUGCAAGACAUAAUCAGUGGUGUCAAUGCUUCGGAUCCAGAACUAUGUUUCCAGGCCACCCAAGCAGCCAGGAAAAUGCUGUCCCGGGAGAAGAACCCUCCUCUGAAGCUGAUUGUGGACGCGGGACUCAUCCCCAGGCUGGUGGAGCUCCUGAAGCCAUCCCUUCACCCCCGCUUGCAGUUCGAGGCAGCCUGGGCUCUGACCAACAUUGCUUCAGGGGCCUCGGAGCUGACUCGCGCCGUCGUGGACGGGGGUGCCAUCCAACCCCUGGUUGAGCUCCUGUCUUCCCCUCACAUGACUGUGUGUGAACAGGCCGUGUGGGCCCUCGGGAACAUAGCAGGUGAUGGACCAGAAUUCAGAGACAAUGUUAUCUCAAGUGAUGCCAUUCCACAUCUGUUGACCCUGGUUUCGUCAAGCAUACCAGUCCCAUUCCUGCGGAACAUCGCCUGGACCCUGUCCAACCUGUGCCGGAACAAGAACCCGUGCCCCUCUGACCACGCGGUGAGGCAGAUGCUGCCCGCCCUCGUCUACCUCCUGGGGCACCCGGACAGGGAGGUCCUCUCGGACACCUGCUGGGCCCUGUCCUACCUCACCGAUGGCUGCGACGCGCGCAUCGGCCAGGUGGUGGACGCCGGGGUCCUGCCCAGGCUGGUUGAGCUGAUGAGCAGCUCGGAACUCAACGUCUUGACCCCUUCUCUCCGCACCGUGGGCAACAUCGUCACAGGAACGGACCACCAGACCCAGCUGGCCCUGGACGCAGGCAUCUUGGGUGUGCUGCCCCAGCUCCUGACGCAUCCCCGCUCCUCCAUCCAGAAGGAGGCAGCCUGGGCCCUGAGCAACGUGGCCGCUGGGCCCCGCCAACACAUCCAGCAGCUCAUCACCUGUGGCGCCCUGCCUCCCUUGGUGGCCGUGCUCAAAAACGGAGAGUUUAAAGUCCAGAAAGAGGCUGUCUGGACAGUGGCUAACUUCACAACUGGGGGCUCUGUGGACCAGUUGAUCCAGCUCGUCCAGGCUGGAGUCUUGGAGCCACUGAUAAAUCUCCUCACCAUCCCAGACAACAAAAUCGUGAUCAUCAUCCUCGAUGUCCUCUUUUUCAUCCUCCAGGCAGCGGAGAAGAUUUCUCAGAAGGAAAACAUGUGUCUGCUGAUAGAAGGACUUGGUGGGCUUGAUAGAAUUGAGGCUCUGCAACUUCACGAGAACCAUCAGGUCGCCCUGACUGCGCUGAACAUUAUUGAGAGACACUUCUCCGAGGAAGAAGAAACUGUCACAGCCUUACCAGCCCUGGACCAAGAUCACAAAUUCUUAAAGGACUUAACAAACACAUAUCACUGCUGCACAACUCCUAAACCGGGACCCAGGCCCUAGGACUCACUUCUUUAAGAAAACCCCUUCCCCUUGGUAUACCACAGGUGUAAGGCUUUUAAAAUGAAUGUUAAUAAAAUUUUCCACAUUUUCACCUCCA